UUGAACUAGGCAUGAGGACGAUCAGCUGAGUGAGCGAGGGAAAAGAGUAGAGGACACGAGCUGGAGGAGGGAGAGACAAUGUUUUCAUCUAAAGAGAUAGAGGAGAAGAGAUCUGCUUUUAGCCAAUAGGCCCUGCUGAAAUCUCAACUUAGAGCGACGAUGAAACCUGCAGGAAUGAGAUGAGAACGCUUCACUCUGUGUGUGUUAAGGUGUAUCCUGGCCCCCGGCCCGCUCUGUAAAUGUCUGUCACCAUGGCAAAGUUUGAGACUGGCCGCACGAGCCCAGUGGUCCGGCAGAUAGACAAGCAAUUCCUGGUGUGCAGCAUUUGUCUGGAUCAUUAUCACAACCCCAAAGUCCUGCCCUGUCUGCACACAUUCUGCGAAAGGUGUUUACAGAACUACAUUCCCCCUCAGUCCCUCACGCUCUCUUGCCCCGUGUGCCGACAGACCUCCAUCUUGCCGGAGAAAGGUGUAGGGGCAUUGCAGAAUAACUUCUUCAUCACAAACCUUAUGGAGGUCCUGCAGAGAGACCCAGAAUGUUCUCGGCCGGAGGCCUGCAGCGUCCUGGAGUCAGUCAGCGCAGCGGCUGCAGGGAAACCGCUCUCCUGUCCCAAUCACGAGGGAAAGGUUAUGGAGUUUUACUGCGAGUCGUGUGAGACAGCCAUGUGCCUGGAGUGCACAGAGGGGGAACACCGGGAGCAUGUGACCGUUCCACUGCGGGAUGUUCUGGAACAGCACAAAGCAGCACUAAAAAACCAGCUAGAAGCUAUUCGCAACAGAUUGCCCCAGCUAACAGCCGCCAUCGAACUUGUGAAUGAAAUCUCAAAACAGCUGAUCGAAAGAAAAAACGAGGCUGUCAAUGACAUCAACGUGACGUUCGAGGAGCUGGAAAGAGCGCUGCACCAACGCAAAGCCGCUCUCAUCACCGACCUGGAAAACAUCUGCAGCACCAAGCAGAAGGUGCUCCAGGCACAGUUAUCCUCCCUUCUUCAGGGGAAAGAGCACAUCCAGAGCAGCUGCAGUUUCACAGAGCAGGCCUUGAGCCACGGCAGCGCAACCGAAGUCCUAUUGGUCCAGAAACAGAUGAGCGAGCGGGUGAGCGCCCUCGCCUGCCACGACUUCCCCUUACGGUCGCACGAGAACGCUCACCUGGAUUGUCAGAUUGAAACCGACGGUUUACGGCGGUCCAUUCAGAAUUUGGGAGUGCUGCUGACAACGGCCGCGGUGGGACACACGACCGUGGCAACCGGAGAGGGGCUAAGACACGCCCUUGUGGGUCAACAUGUCACAGCGACAGUUACUACAAAGGAUAAGGAUGGCGAACUUGUGCGAACUGGUAACGCCAUGCUUUGGGCAGAGAUUACGGGACAGGAAGGAGCACGGGCAACAGAGGUGGAGAUUGUGGACAAUAAAAAUGGAACUUAUGAGGUGGGGUACAUGCUUAAGAGCGAGGGAGAGUACUCGUUUUCUCUGGUAUUGUACGGACAGCCUGUGAGGGGCAGCCCGUUCAGACUGCGGGCGAUAAAGCCAUCCGACAUGCCCCACUCUCCGGAUGACGUGAAGAGGAGAGUCAAAUCACCGAGCGGCACAGGAGGUCACAUCAGACAGAAAGCAGUACGGAGACCCUCAAGCAUGUACAGCACCACCAAGAAAAAAGAAAAUCCGAUUGAGGAUGAGUUGAUUUACAGAGUUGGCUCACGCGGGAGAGAGAAGGGAGAGUUCACUAAUCUACAGGGCAUCUCUGCCUCCAACAGUGGGAGGGUCAUUGUAGCAGACAGCAACAACCAAUGUAUACAGGUGUUUACAAAUGAUGGCCAGUUCAAAGCACGCUUUGGGGUCAGAGGUCGCUCCCCAGGUCAACUGCAAAGGCCGACAGGGGUGGCGGUCGACACAAAUGGAGACAUUAUAGUAGCUGAUUAUGAUAACCGAUGGAUCAGCAUCUUCUCUCCCGAUGGGAAAUUUAAGAAUAAGAUUGGUGCUGGACGUCUGAUGGGACCCAAAGGAGUAGCCGUGGACAAGAACGGUCAUAUCAUCGCUGUGGAUAAUAAAGCCUGCUGUGUUUUCAUCUUUCAGUCUAACGGCAAACUGGUCACAAAGUUCGGAGCCAGAGGCACUUCAGACAGACAAUUUGCAGACAAAUGUAGAGCAAGGUUUGCACUGGAGCGAAAGUUUAGUAAAUCUGGCCCCGGGUUCAGUCCUCAUUUUGUUGCAGUCAACAACAAAAAUGAAAUCGUGGUGACAGACUUCCAUAACCACUCAGUCAAAGUCUACAGUGCAGAUGGAGAGUUUUUGUUUAAAUUUGGUUCUCACGGAGAGGGGAAUGGCCAGUUUAAUGCCCCCACAGGGGUUGCUGUGGAUGUUAAUGGAAACAUCAUCGUAGCAGACUGGGGAAACAGCAGAAUACAGGUGUUUGACAGCUCAGGUUCAUUUCUCUCUUACAUCAACACAAGUGCAGACCCUCUGUAUGGUCCACAGGGUCUGGCUCUGACGUCUGACGGUCAUGUUGUUGUGGCCGACUCUGGUAACCACUGUUUCAAAGUCUACAGGUAUCUGCAGUAAUGCACAGAACCUCACGUUCUUCCACACGGUGCCACAUCUCCUCCAUAAACUCUGGAUUCUCAUAUCAGCAAAAUCUCCAAACCAAACCAUAAUGGAAGAAUGGAACGUACAAAAGCACUUUUCUUUGAUCUACUGAUUUUCAAGCUCCAAAAGACUUCUGUAUUAAAUGAUGUUUGUGCAUACUGUAACAGAAACCAUAUCAAUUAAGCACAGAUUCUCAAUGGAAACCAUCAUGUACAGAUACACAUACACAAGUGUAUAAAUAAAUAAAUACAUAUAGCAAAACAUCCAUUGUCCUAAAGAGUCAAUCGUUUCAUUUCUCAUUGUGAAAUGACUGCAUCUCAAAACUCAAAAUUGUGAAUUUUGUUAUUUAUGUCCUACUUUUGUACAUACACAAAUGUCUGUACAUAUUUGGUGUAUCAUGUAAAUGGAACCCGCUUCUUGUAUCGUUCUGAUUUACAGCUGAGAUUUCAUUAUAUCCGAGUGAAAAGCUUUCAGCCAAACUGGUUUUCAAAACAUGCAGAAUGAACACUGGAUCCCGAUGUACCGCUUUGCUCACAGCAGAUAUCAACAGCACAGGAAGUGAUGCGCAUCCCUGCUGCGUUCUCUUUUUAAAGAUCAAACCAAUAAACUAAAGGAGCCAAAAGAAGGACAUAUUUAUUUUUAUUUUCCAUUCCAAAUGAUUUAUUUUUCUAAAGCACAAGGCUACUUUACGUGGAGUUGAGAGAUUGAAGAGGAAAUAGAAAUUCUAAUAUAGUCAAACCCAAUUUCAUGUAUAUUGCCUCUGGUUUUUAAUGUUCUAUAAAGAUGAUUACCUGUAUUGAAUGUUAUAUAUCUUUGUAAAUAAUCAUUUAAAUGCUUUUAUUCAAUCA